GUUGUCACCAUUUAAAUUUGACAAGGUGUUGAUGUUGAUUAAUAAACAAUUCGAAACAAAAAGUAAAUUGGCUAUUAUAGAAAAAAAUUCUCGUACUUCCAUUUAAUGGUAUAUUAGAUUAUCCGAAUAUGGAAGAAAAAACUGACACUUGGUUUGGAUCAUGGUUGAAGGCUGCAAAAGAUAAGAGCUCUGAAGUUUUUGAAUUUGUCAAAAAGGAUUUAGAGGAGUUUAGCUCUGUGGUAAAAAAUGAAGCAUCAAAUGUUGUGUCUUCUGCAGGAACAGUUGUGGAAAAGACAUUAAAUCUGGAGUCGCCAGUCUCAGCAGUUGGUUCUGUUAAGCGCAGUUUCAGCAUGUUUCUAGGCCAAAUGAAUACUGUCCUAAAUCCCAGUCCUGAUGAUAGUGAUGCUGAACCUAUGCUUGUGGUUGAAAAUUUUGAAACAGUAAAAUUGAAUAAGUAUCAGAAAUUGUUGUAUGAACUGCAAAAAAAUCCAGAAACUUACCUUUGCGAUCCCGAGCCUCAUCUACAGAAACAAUUUGAUUGCUGGUUAGAAAUUAUUGAUGACCAACUAUCAGAUGACAAAAUUGUCAAACAAGUAAACAGUUCGGAAGUUCUUAAGCAGCAAUAUGCAAAGUUAGUGCCAGACAUUAUUGAGCAUCAUGUAUUUUGGAAAAGGUAUCUAUUCAAAAAAGCUUUAUUAGAAGAUGAAAUGGCAAGGCAAGAAAUGUUAGAAAAACGCGAGAUGUUGGAAUAUCACGAAAAGUCACUGAACAAAAAUCACCAAAACUUGACAUGGGAGCAAGAAGAUUUUGCCGAAAAUGUUGAGUUAACAGAGGAACAGCAAAUUCAACUUUUAGAAGAAUAUGAAAACGAAACUAAAGAGAAGAAAAAGUUGAAUACAAAAGACAUUAAGGAUGAGAGAUUUCUUAAGAAAGAAAUUGUGGAUAAAGUAAAAAAAAGUGAGGAAAACAAGUCAGAAAAGUUAAAUGACACUGAUUCUACCCUAAGUUUAAAUACACCCAGUAGUAACUCGAGUGUUGACGACGAUUGGGAAAGAGUUAGUGAUGUCGAGAAAUAGAACUGCAACAUUAAGGAUUUUUUACCAUUUUUUUCUUAGUAUAUUAAAGAGUUGUUUUGAAGUAUGGGUUUCCUUUCCUAUCCACGAUUGUAAUUUUAGAUAAUAGGGUUAGGUUGGUUAGUUAGUUAUUUUUUUCUUUUCAAUAAGUUUGAUAAAUGCCAUUUAUUUAGUUUAUUAAGCACUCGCCCCGCUCGUACAAAAUGAAACCCAUGACUAACAAACUUUAUCAACGUGUUGCAUGCUAGGCUUUUAGUAAAACAUUAACUAAGUGACACGUGACCUUUAGAAUUGACAAACGUACCGUUGGGUAUUUUAAAAUAGGAAGUAGAAAAAAAAUAUAUAAUUUACUAAAUUAGUUUCGGUUGCACAAUUGCUUGAAAAAUAAAAAUAAGAUGUCUAACAUUAAUACUGAGCUGCAUGAAACGAUACUACAAAAGCGCCGAAAGGCCACCUAAAAUAAAAUAUUAGUUUUAUUUUAAUAAGGCAAUUUUUCAAGAAAUAAGUAAGAAUUUCUAACUUUAGUUAGAAUUUCUAUUAAAUAAAGUCAGAAUUUCUGAAAAACAAGUCAGAAUUUCUCACUUAUUGAUUGAAAUUAACAUGAUUCCUACAAUUGCCGCUGGUUUCGGAGAUAGUGCGCGUUGAGUUGUUUGUUUGUUUUGGAUUUUCUCAUUAAUCGCCAAAGUA